AUGAUCCAGGAUUUCCUGCACUUUCCUGAGGAACACCCGAUCGUGCCCAGCCUCAUAUUGAUAGAUUUCGGGAAAGCUAAAUUCGGUUCUCAUCGCAAUUCUCAAAACGAGAAUCCACUCUGGGGUGUCGAGAGGAACUUGUUGGACAUUUCAAAGCUCAUGUAUACGCUAAUGACUGGGGAUGAUAUUGGCUAUAACCUUCGAUUUGCGCCUCACUGUGGAUGUAGUCCCUUUCCGGACAGGCCUGAACAUGUGAUAGAAACAUACGCUGUCCAGUUGAUACAGCCGACGAAGUCCGAGAAUACCGCAACAAUCUACCCGUUUCUUGACCGAGAACUACUCCUACUGGUGGCGAGAUGCCUCGCGGUCGAAAGACAAGACCGACCAAACCUAGAGACGUUACUAGAUACCGUGCAGAGGGCCUGUCAUGAGCGGGAAGAGGCAUACUAUGAAGAUCUUGGAGGUGAUCAAGAGGCGGACAGUACAAUUAAACAAUUAGUUCGGGACCUGAUACUGGAUGCCAACGAUCCGCUAUCCUAUACUGAGGUCGAGCAAAAUCAAUGGAUCUUGGUCACAAGGGGUGACCAGAGCUGA